AGGGGGAGCGAGCGCGGGGCGGGACCGGACGGCAGCAGAGCGGAGCGCGGCCGCGGCUGCACCGGAGAGCGACCGGCACCGUGAUCGGGCCGGCAGCGAGUCCCCUGCACCGCAGCUACACUAAGAGCCACCGGGACCAGACCGGCCUGUACGACACCGGAGCAGAAAGCGCCCGCGCCAGCGGCGGGGUUACAGAGUUCUCUCUACUAGCGCCGGGCCGCCAGAAGGCUCCCUUGCACCGCCGCUCCGUACCGGGAAAGCCGCAGCGGGGACCGGGUUCCGCGUCGAGCGGCGCGUCGGUCGGAAGCAGAGCCCGCUGCGGCCUCGGCGGGGAGUGGGAUCCGCGUCCAGAGCCUGUGAAGCGGCGGGCAGCAGCAGGGACAUCGCCCCGGAGUCGCCAUGGCCUCGCAGAACGCCGACCCCGCCGCCGUGUCCAGCGCAGCCGCCCGCAAAGCCGCUGAGGCGGGUGCCACGGCAGCCCGAGGCUCGGUGGGGAAGAGGCUGCAGCAGGAGCUGAUGGCGCUAAUGAUGUCCGGUGACAAAGGCAUCUCCGCUUUCCCCGAGUCCGACAACCUCUUCAAGUGGAUCGGGACCAUCGACGGUGCUGCCGGCACGGCCUACGAGGAGUUGCGGUACAAGCUGUCGCUGGAGUUCCCCAGUGGGUACCCCUACACCGCCCCUACGGUGCGCUUCCUGACCCCCUGCUACCACCCCAACGUGGACACCCAAGGCAACAUCUGCCUCGACAUCCUCAAGGACAAGUGGUCAGCGCUCUACGACGUCCGCACCAUCCUGCUCUCCAUCCAGAGCCUGCUGGCAGAGCCAAAUAUCGAGAGCCCCCUGAACACACAUGCUGCUGAGCUCUGGAAGAACCAAACCGCCUACAAGAAGUAUGUGCUGGAGACGUACGCCAAGCAGGCCAAGAGCCAGGAAACCUGACCCGCCCUGCGCCGCCGCCGCGCUCCCCCCCGCCGCUCCCCGCCCAGCGUUCUGUAUCAUAGGCUGUUUCUAAGUUAAUUCGGCAGUCCUGCCACGGUUAAUGUAUAAAUAAAUGCACGUUUAUCAUU